ACAGUUAUAGCACACGCAGCAACCAUGCCUCCGACGCCCAUUACCAGAACCGGAACCGCCCGUCAUGGCCACUCUUUCUAGUUCCUCCCUCCUCUUGCCUCAAUUAACGAAACCCACCUUGGGAAAACUCACCUUUUGCAGAACAAGAUUUAUUUCUAGAAGAAGGUCGUUCAUUGUGAUGGCCGCGACUCCAACUACGACUACCAAGGUGCUUCCUGCGGUGAUUGUCGGUGGUGGACGGGUGGGAAGGGCAUUGCAAGAAAUGGGUACUGGUAAUGAUAUACUAGUGAAGAGAGGGGAGCCCGUGCCGCUCGAUUUUGAGGGUCCUAUUUUGGUAUGCACCAGGAACGAUGACUUAGACGCUGUGCUUGAGGCCACUCCUCAGUCCAGAUGGAACGAUUUGGUUUUUUUCCAGAAUGGGAUGCUGGAGCCUUGGCUUCAAAGUAAAGGUCUCAAUGAUGCAGACCAAGUAUUAGCAUAUUUUGCUGUUUCAAAGCUUGGUGAGCCUCCUACUGAUGGGAAAACUGAUACCAAUCCGGAAGGUCUGACUGCGGCAUUUGGAAAAUGGGCAUCUGCUAUAGCUGCAAGAUUGCAUGCUGGUGGCCUCUCUUGCAAGGUUCUCGACAAGGAAGCAUUUCAGAAGCAGAUGAUAGAGAAGCUAAUAUGGAUUUCAGCAUUCAUGCUUGUUGGAGCUCGUCAUCCUGGUGCAACUGUAGGUGUUGUGGAGAACGAAUAUCGCUCUGAGGUGUCGAGCCUCGUAUCAGAACUUGCAUCUGCUGCUGCUGCAGAGAAAGGCAUAGUAUUUGAAGAAGCUAUGGAGGAUAGACUAUGUGCUUAUUCAAGAGCUGUUGCUCAUUUCCCAACUGCAGUUAAAGAGUUCAAAUGGAGGAAUGGAUGGUUCUACUCACUUACAGAGAAGGCGAUUGCUGAAGGGAAACCCGACCCUUGUCCCCUUCACACGGCAUGGCUGAAAGAGUUGAAAAUUGUCUAAGAAAUCAACUUUUCUGUGCUAGAUAAUAGUUUAAAUUUAAUAGAGUUUAUGCUUAAAUGAGUGACAGAUUAAGUACGAUUAAAUCCUUGUUUGAAAUGAAAAAGGAUUUGUCUAAUUUGUGUUCUUAGACAUAAAUUAAGGAUGUAAUAAAUAUAUCAUUUUAUA